CGUUGAAAUUUAAAAUUCGAAGGCCAUAAAACCAAAACCACACAAUUUCGAAGGGUGGGUGGAGAGAGAGAGAAAGAAGUCUCAAGAUGAGUGCAUUACCAUCAUCAUCCAGUGGUCCGACAACCACGGCGGUUAACAGUUGCAAAAAGAGCCUUGUGGUAGCAUCGGCAUUAUUGCUGAGUCAUCAAGUCGGUGCUGCUACACCGGAAGCACACACACAUAAGGCAAUUUUCGGUGUCGGUACCAGCAAUCAUGGAAAUCAAGAGACUCGUCUGUGGGGUCUCCAUGUUCCUCGUGGAGGGACGGAUGAAGCCCCAUCCAAGGGCCACAAGAAUGACAGUGAGAAUAAUAUGAAGAAGGAAUCCAAAAAGAAAAAGAAUCGCAACGAUAAUAGCAAGAGCAAGAAGCAGAACAAAAAAGACAACAGACGAAAGGAAACAAAAAAGAAAAACCGAGAGGAACAGCAAGAGGAAUCCUCCAACGAAGCAGAGGACUCCACCAACAAGGCUUCCACUGCGAGCACAUCCAUUCCUUCCAAUCCCAUGGUAGAAGAAAUCUUGGAAAGUGAGGACUACUAUGACAUUCUGGGUCUCUCACGUGGAGAAAACCAUGUUGGCAGAAUCAAAAAAGCGUAUCGACGGCGCGCUGUGCAAACUCAUCCUGACAAGACUGGUGGAGACAGGAGAGCUUUUGACAAACUAGCCGAAGCUUACGAGGUCUUGUUGGACGAUGACAAACGGGCACUCUACGAUCGGUAUGGCAAAGCCGGACUGGAUCCUACCAAUGCUGCUGGACAGUUUGGAUCGGGUGGUCCGGAGGAUUUGUUUCGUUCCUUCUUUGGACACCCUUCUGCUCGCCAACCAUCACAACCACAAGGUCCGGUCAAUCGAACCCUGAGAUAUCAAUACGCAGUUACUUUGGAGGAAUUGUACAAGGGAGUGACACGCAAAGUCACCGUCGAGGCACCACCGGAACCAACACAACGAUUCGGAUUCGUCUACCAGGAACCGGAUGCUCCCAAAAAGAAACAGGUCGAAGUCAACGUUCCUCGUGGAGCGUUUGCCGGUCAGAGCAUUCGACUGUCGGGAGAAAUGGACUUUUAUUCCGAAGAAGCACCUCCGGGAGAUUUGAUCUUUCGACUGCAACUGCGGCCUCACAAAAUAUUUACCCGCAAAGGACACGAUUUGGCCAUGACCGUCACGAUUUCACUGGCAGAAGCCAUUGGUGGUUGUACAAGAACUAUUCGUCAUUUGGAUGGUCGAACCAUUACCAUUGAAUCGGCCAAACGGACGUUACACCUUCCAACGCAUCUGACGAAGGAUGAUACAAAGCAAGGACCCACUCUCGACGAAAUAGAGCAACAAGAUGGAGGCAACUCUAGCGUUCCCGCAACCAACGAUGCGGAAAUAUCAGUACCUACUCAAGUCAAUGUGCACAUUCAAACCGGCGACGUUCAGGUCCUCCAAGGACAAGGCAUGCCGAAAGACCCACAAGGGACUGAGUUUGGAGACCUGUACGUUCAGUACGAAGUAGAAGUGCCCAAAGCAAAAGACUCCAUGGAGCACUUGACACCAUCGGAACAAAAAGAAUUGGCUCGUUUACUGGAGAAACUCGAGGGCAAAACCGUCUCAAGAAAGGGGCCGCUGCUGGGGAAGCAGACCAAGACGACAAACAACAAUCGGUACACGUUGGAACCAGCCAAGUUAUCUGAUUUUGGAAGUGUCGUACCUGAAAUUCAUGAGGACGAAGAAGAUCACCAUGAACAGCAACAACAACAACAAUUUCCCUUUCAUGGCAUGGGACAACGACAAUUCUUCUUCUCUUCGACUGGACGCAGUCCCUUCUUUGGUCAAGAAACCAAUUUUGAAGAUGAUGAGAAUGUUCAGUGUCGACAAAUGUAGAGAAGAUUCGAUUCAACUUCAUAGUUGUUGUACUAAUAAAAGAAUGGGUUGACAUUUAAUUCUAAUACAGGUGCAGCAACAUGACCGGUAGCAGUCUUUAGUUUCAGCAACCCCCUUUGAGGGGCAGCCGGCUCCGCCCAAAGCUGAAAACAAUGAAGUCAGUGCAGCCUUACAAGAAUUGGCGCCCUUUUACCUAGACACCUUCCUCCUUACAAUUUUAAAGCUCCACGGUCCUUUAUUAGACUACACCAACGAAGGGGAGAGAUCUCCAACCAGCUGGCUGGUGAAGGUCCAGUCGUAGCGCGGGUCCCUGAGUAGUACCGGUAGUACGGUAGGUCUUGGAGGGGGGGCUGCUGCUGGUAGGUCCUGGAGUUGGGCUUGGUGUUGGUCCAGGUGUGGGGCGUGAUAAGAGGCCUUCACAAGUCAAUAUUCAGCAGAAAAUCUACUUACUCUAAUCCCCCUUUGUACUACCUACAUAGUAGCUGGUACUAUAGUGCCAAGCUGCCUCAUGUCAUUGAGCGAAGUGCCUGUUGAUCUAGCCGUUACCCGGAUGCUAUGGAGCUACUGAAACAAAGCCAAGUCG